AUGUAUAAUGAUUGUCAGUUUUAUGGGAUAGCGGAUUUUUUAUAUAUAUUAAAAAACCAUCAUCCCGAUCUAUCCGGUUGUGAAGGAACGAUCAAAUUUUGCCGCAGUGUGAAAGCAUUAAUUAAUGCAACGAAUAUCAGAACGCCAAUCAAUAACUUGAAGCCAGAUAAUGCGAUGUGGCAGAGUACUGAAGAGUUCAUUAAGUACUUAGAAAAGUGGGGAUGUGAAGCGACACAAAAGGGAUAUGAUUUUAUAACUGCCUCCACGUGUUACGGCUUGAAAGUUUCUCUAAAAUACGCCUUACAGAUAUGUCGCUACCUAAUUGAAAGUUGCGGUUUCAAGUAUCUAAUGAAGUCAAGAUUAAAUCAAGACAGCCUUGAGAUACUUGGGAUGAUGAGAUAUUGCUGUGGUUUAAAUGAUCACCCCGAGUCUGCUUUAUUUGUGCAAAUGUACAAAUUUGAUAAUAAAACUACUAAGAAGGAGAGGCAUUGUACCAAGUGGGAGAAAACCGAGGUGAUGAGCGAGCGAGAAUUAGCGGAAAGCGGCAGUCCCAGCAAGGAGCUGAUAGAGAGUAGUAGGCUCGCACCCUAUACCUCACUGUUCUUCUCCUGUGGCUCUGCCAAGACCAAGCGGAUAGAAUUAAUACAAAUAAUGUUAGCUCUGUAUACUCAGAUAACAGAUCAACUUCUUAUGUAA